CAGUGAACUGCGCCUUGCGCCCCGACUUGCCCCUUUUCCUCCAGAGACCGGGGCGGAGCUCGGAGGCGGUGUCGUGCGCCUCCGGGCCGCAGGCGGCAGCAGCGGGUGCCUGGGCCCCAUGUCGCGGCGACGGGUGACGAUGUAGCUGCGGCGGCGGCGGCGGGGAUCGGUGGGAUGCUAUGGAAUAUGAUGAGAAGUUGGCCCGGUUCCGUCAGGCGCACCUCAACCCCUUCAACAAGCAGCUUGGGCCAGGGCAACAUGAGCAGGGAGCUGGUGAGGAGGUCCUGGAUGCUGGCUCUGAAGAGAUCUCACCUGAGCUGGCCCCCGGGGAGCCUGAGUUCCACUGCUCUGAGCGCGUGAUGGAUCUCGGCCUGUCUGAGGACCACUUCUCCCGCCCUGUGGGUCUGUUCCUGGCUUCUGAUGUGCAGCAGCUGCAGCAAGCAAUCGAGGAAUGUAAGCAGAUGAUUCUGGAGCUACCUGAGCAGUCAGAGAGGCAGAAGGACGCUGUGGUGAGGCUCAUCCACCUCCGGCUGAAGUUGCAGGAGUUGAAGGACCCUGACGAAGAUGAGCCCAAUAUUCGAGUUCUCCUGGAGCACCGCUUUUACAAGGAGAAGAGCAAGAGUGUCAAGCAAACCUGUGACAAGUGCAAUACCAUUAUCUGGGGUCUCAUUCAGACCUGGUACACCUGCACAGGCUGCUAUUACCGCUGCCACAGCAAGUGCUUGAACCUCAUCUCCAAGCCCUGUGUGAGCUCCAAAGUUAGCCACCAGGCUGAGUACGAGUUGAACAUCUGUCCCGAGACAGGACUGGACAGCCAAGAUUACCGCUGUGCUGAGUGCCGGGCACCUAUCUCUCUGCGAGGCGUGCCCAGUGAGGCGCGACAGUGCGACUACACAGGCCAGUACUACUGCAGCCACUGUCACUGGAACGAUCUGGCUGUCAUCCCUGCACGAGUCGUGCACAACUGGGAUUUCGAGCCGCGCAAGGUGUCUCGCUGCAGCAUGCGCUACCUGGCGCUGAUGGUCUCAAGGCCAGUGCUUCGGCUACGGGAGAUCAACCCCCUGCUGUUCAACUAUGUGGAGGAGCUGGUAGAGAUCCGGAAGCUGCGCCAGGACAUCCUACUCAUGAAGCCAUACUUCAUCACUUGCAAGGAGGCCAUGGAAGCCCGGCUGCUGCUGCAGCUCCAGGACCGACAGCAUUUUGUGGAGAACGACGAGAUGUACUCUAUCCAGGACCUGCUGGAUGUACACCUGGGCCGCCUUGGUUGCUCCCUCACCGAAAUCCACACGCUCUUUGCCAAGCAUAUCAAGCUGGACUGUGAGCGGUGCCAGGCCAAGGGCUUCGUGUGUGAGCUCUGCAGAGAGGGUGAUGUGCUGUUCCCAUUCGACAGCCACACAUCUGUGUGCACAGACUGCUCAGCCGUCUUCCACAGGGACUGCUACUAUGACAACUCGACCACAUGCCCCAAGUGUGCCCGACUCAACUUGAGGAAGCAGUCCCUCUUCCAGGAGCCUGGUCUGGACAUGAACAUGUAGAAUGCUGGGGAAAGUGCCAGCCACCUCUGCCAUCUGGCAUGCACCCUACCAGCAUUGCCAAAGAAAGGGCAUUCAUUCUGCUCUAGAGACCCAUGGGGUACAUCCUAGGAACAGAAGAGGUGCAGCAGUGCCCACCAGGACUGCCUGGGUGCUUGCUGGGACCUGGGGAAGCUGCACCUGGCUGGUAUCUGCGUGUGCUGCUUUGAGGAGUUGUAAUGUGGCCACUGUAGAAUCCUGUGGGCAGAGUGACCUUGGUGACUCACCAGGGGAGGGCAGGAGGACUUCUUACCUCCCCCAUGGUACAGUCUCCACCCCUGACCUGGGCCAAGGCUUCUGGGGCCUGCAGAUACCCCUGCUUCUCUCUAGCCCACUGUGGCUACUGGGCAGCCUGAGAUCCUUGAGGGCUUCAGAGGAGUAAAGAAGCCACCUACAUACCCUUAGCCUGAGUUUUGUCUGCCAUGGUGGAUGGUUUAGGCUCUUGUUCCUCCCAACCCCUUUGGGGGAUUCUAGUUAUGUUCCAUGUACCUGGCCUGGCUUCUGAGGUUUUUCUGAGUUCUCAGGCAGGCAGUCCAGUGGACUUCCUGGUCUUGUACAGUAGGCAGAGAAUGGCACAUAGGAGCUUGGGGAACGUGGCACCCCAGCUGUGGCUCCUAUUCUGGCCAGCCUACCUUACCCUGGUGCUCUGAAUUGGGCAGCAAGGGGCUUUGUCCACACAGAUGUUCUGGCCUCCAGGGGCACAGAGGGAUAGUGUCCCUUGGGGAGCUUCCAAGUCAGGCAAGAGGGUUGGCUGCAGUUGGCCAGGGUGGCAUUUCUUGGGACUAAAUCUCUGCCUUGUUGGACAGGACCUGUAGAGGGCUUAGGUAGCUUGGAGAGAACCAGCUAGUGUCUUCUAGGAUAGGGGCCUGGAGAAUUUACUCAAUGCAGCUCUGAGCAGAAGACCUGGAGCCCCUAUAGGAAGACCCAUACCGGGAGGCACAUGAGACCUGCAGGUCUUCAGUGGGGAGCCCGCUCAGCCUUGUUUGCACUUUACAUAUUCUGUGGUGAGAGGAUGUGGGAAGGGACAUCUCAGGACAUGGCUUCCUAGACUUUCAUCUCUGGGUAGUGGAAGUUGCUUGUAUCUAUCUGCCCCUUUCCUCCUUACCCUGGACUGAGCUUGGCUGUUGCCACACAUAUAGUGGACAGAAGGCAGGAACAUCACCAUUUGGGUGUCCCUUGCCUCCAGCCAAGUCUGGAAGGAGUUAACUUCAACAGCAGGAAGCAGCAGAAUGCACUGAUGCAUUUGAAGAGUGGAUUAAACAGCAUCACCUCCCCUUGCCCUAUGUGCCAGAUGGUUUUAGGCAAGGCUUUUUUCUUCCUUGAUUUCUCAAUUUGAAAAAUGAGGAGCAUAGUAUUGGCCAUCCUCUGGUGGAAGGGAGCACUGGCAGAGUCCUUUAAGGAGUGUGAUGUGAGUCUUGGUCAGUGGCUGACCCUGCUCUGCUUUCCCUUCCUCUGUAGCAUUAAAUAUGAGAGUGAAGCCAAAUGUCAUUUUCCUUUACCCCUAAACAUGCACAUUUAUCACCACUGCAUCAUGUUUCUGUUGUACAUAUUGCCGUGACUUUGUCUUUCUUUUUUUAGAUAGGGUCUUGCCCUGUAAUUCAGGCUGACCUUCUUACUGUGUAGCCCAGUCGUCCCUCAAACUCAUGGCAGUCCUUCCUCAGCCUCCUGAGUGCUGGGAUUACAGGUGUCCAUCACCAUGCUGAGCAUAGAUACUGCCAUUCCUGAAUCCUAGGUUGUAAAAAUCACAUCAUCCCAUUUAAAAAUUACUGGGGCCACAAAAAAUGUUAGGUUGAUGUUUUUGGACAAAGGUUGGAUCCCUUUUUGAAGCCCACCCAGCAUCUUCUCCACCAAUACUUCUUUAAAUACUUUACCUGUCCCUUCUGGAUGACACAGUGCUCAAACAGAGUCCUGUGUGGGUCCUUCCAUCAGUACAGAAUGGUAGGAAGAACUCAGACGGGAACCAAUCUGUAUGGCCAGCACCUUAUAGAAGAACUCACUGAAGGUAUCCCACAGGGUAGAAUAACAGCUGGCCCAAGGGUGACGACAGUCUCCUCAUUAAACUUGUGUUCUCUGGAUGCAUGUGGUGACUCGGAAACAAGGCAGAGGUGGUGGUCAUACAAGCCAGUGGUAGCCUUAGGGUUUGGCGUGAAAUAACACCAAUUUGGAGAGAAGCACUGCUGUUGGUGUCAGAUCAAAGCCUGAACCUACCUGGGUGGGUAGAGUUGCUUGAUUUUCCAUUGUUUUUUUUGUUUUUUGGCAGGGGAGUGGUUUGGUACUGCGAAUCAAACUCAGGACCUUGUGCUUGCCAGGCAGGCAUUUGCACUACUGAGCUAUAUUCCCAGCCCCUGGUUGCUUGAUUUCUUUUAGCCUUGAAUGAGAUGAGAUGGCCACAUGGGCCCCCUGGGGCUUCUAGGGUUCCAGAAAGUGCUUAGCGCUGGGCCUACCCGUAUAGAAAAUGCUCCGUAAAUAGAAGCUGGGCCUACCCGUAUAGAAAAUGCUCCGUAAAUAGAAGCUGGGCCUACCCGUAUAGAAAAUGCUCCGUAAAUAGAAGCUGCAUCUCUGAUAUCCUUUUUGGAAGGAUCGUGUCAUUAAGUAGCAGCAAAGUGGCCAGUCAUGCAGUCAUCACCAAUGCAGUCCACACAGGAUAGCAGACUGGGACUCUGCCCAAAAUGAGCUGAGCACAGGGUUGUGGCUUACCCUCUGUCAGUGCCCACAGAAUGGCAGGAUGGCCUGUAGCUCUGGCUGGGAUGAGCCUCCAGCAACAACUCAGUAGCCAAGGCUACACUUUGGGGUUAGAUGGAGAGUACAUGUUGCCCCUUUUUAGACUAUUUAUAUGUUUUGUUUGUUUUUUGAGACAAAUUUGUUAUGCAGUUCUGGCUGGCUUUGAACUGCUAUAUAUCCCAGAUUGGCCUUGAAUUCACAGCAAUCCUCCUGCCUCGAGGAGUGAGCCCCCAGAUCCAGCUUUGUUUCUUUUACUGUUUGUAUUUUGGCAAAUUUAGGUUUUCCUCAAAGCGAUUAAAACAUGCCAAUUUACCCAACUCCAGGAUUCCUAAGUGGUAACAUUUUGCCCCAGUUGCUUCUCUUUUCCCACACAAAUGCUUUUCUGCGAACUAUUUGACAUUAGUUGUAGAGAUAAUCUCCCUUUGCUGUAAAGUACUUGUGUGCCUCCUUUCUUUUCUAAAUCACUCCAAACUCAUAAAGACCUUUCCGGUCAGGGCCACUGUGCAAGUGUCAAAGGAAAUUAGCAUUGAUACAAUACUUAUAAAACCUGCAGCAAAUGUUAUUUGGGUCUCUCAAAUUUUCAAACCUCCUCCUCUCCCAAAUUGAUUACCUCCAGUUGCCCAAUGUCUUUAGGUGUUUUGCCAUAUGGGUGUUGGGCCCAAGGCCUUCAUGCUAAGUUGUAUCCCUAGCCCACCACUUUUGUUUUCUUUUGUUUUUAAUUUUGAGGUGGUUUUGCUAAGUUACAAUGUUGCCCAGGCUAGACUGGAAUUUGUGAUCCUCCUGCCACAACUUCUCAGUGCUGGAAUUACAGGGAUGUGCCACUAUGUCCCAUUUAUUGUCCCUUAAUGUGACAAAACAGUUGACUUUUGGGAAAGCAUACACUAUUUAGUGGUAGAAAUUGAACCCAGGAGCCUCACAAAUGCAAGGCAAGUAUUUUUUUUUUUUUUUUUUUUGUCUUUUUCGUUUUUUUUACUGGUACCAGGGGUUGAACUCACGACUGCCUGCUUGCAAGGCUGGUGCUUAUGCCGCUGAGCUAAAUCCCCAGCCCCAAGGCAAGUAUUCUAUCAGUGAGUUACAUGUGUAAUUCCCAAAGUACUUAUUUUGAGGAGUGCCCCCUUCGUAGCUCCAUUUGAGUUUGUCCCAUGCUAGAUUCAAGCUUUGCACUACCGGCAGGACUUUGACAGCUGGGAUGCAAUGAACUUGCAUCACUUGGCAGGCCUGAGAAGCACACAAGGUUGCUUUGUUCUGUCACUGGCGACUUGGCCAAGCUAGUGCAUACCAGAUUUCUCCACUACUGUAUAGAAAUCCUAUUUAGCCCUGUUGUUAAGAAAUGAAUUGUGGGGUUUGUAUAAACAUUGUUUCUGCUCAGGCUUCCACUGAUGAUUCUUGUCUAACUCAGUUAUGAUGCCAAGUGGUGACUGACAACUCUAUCACGCCAUCUGCUUUUGUUGACAGUUAUAUGAUUGCUUUCCCUUCUUCCUCAUCUAUUUACUCAGGUUACUAUUUUAUUCAGUGGGUUAUAAAUCUACUCGUUUUGAUGCCCAGAUUGUCCUAGAACUAGCCACCAGGACCCUUUUCAGCCUGUUUCCCCGCACUGUCCUGGAGUGCCCCUCUCAUUCUUUAGGUGCUUGCAUACUUGAUAGCAUUGCCAAGGACUCCCUUAAACCAGCCAUUUCUUCAAGGGGCCAUGAUCGCUUUUGUGGAUAAUGCUAUUAGUAACCAAGAUGUGGGUGCUGGGUACGCUCGUUGGUAUUGGAGUGUCACUGCUUGCAGGUUCUUAAAAUGGACAGAGCCAGGAAAUAGUACCUCCUGCACCAUUCUAUUUGUCUUUACUUUUUGCACAUUUUAUUGUAUUUCUAAGACAGAGUCUUGCUAUGUAGUUAAAGCUGCCUUAGAAUUUACAGUGCUCUUGCCUCAGCCUUCUGAGUGCUGGGAUUAUAGGCAUGCACAACCAUGCCCAGCUAGGAAGAAAGUUUAAUAUUUGUUUAUUGUUCUUUUUUGUCUUUAGUUUGAAGGCAUAUAAUCAAAAUAUGGUGUUCAAAUUUAGUUGGAUGAAAAGAGAAUGGAACAAAGCUUUUAUAAAUGAGGGAAAGGAGGGCCUGGAGGGGAGAGGAAUAGGAAAAGAAAGCAAAAUACCAUGUACAGAUACAAAAUCCCUAUGAUGAAUGUUAUCACUGUGUAUACCUGAAAUGUACCAAUAAAAUAAAAAUUUUUUUUAAAAACUUUCA